UUUUCAUUUUGACACCACUUCAUCAACAUCAGAGAAAAAAUAUAAAAUUUGUGAAAAAAUAUAAUUUUUUGUGAGAAAUAGUGCAAAAAAUUGUAGUUUUUAAUUCAAUCAUUUGAAUUAUAUUAUGACUACAAUGGAACCCCAACAAAAUAAAACCUGGGAUUUAUCUCUCUACGAAUUGCAACGCAAACCCCAAGAAAUUAUAACAGAUUGUACAGAAAUUGCUGUAUCCCCACGGAGUCUCCAUUCGGAACUAAUGUGUCCAAUUUGUUUAGACAUGUUGAAAAAAACAAUGACCACAAAAGAAUGCUUACAUCGUUUUUGUUCCGAUUGUAUUAUAACUGCAUUACGAUCGGGUAAUAAAGAAUGUCCAACAUGUCGUAAAAAAUUAGUCUCCAAAAGGUCACUCAGACCCGAUCCAAAUUUUGAUUUACUAAUUUCGAAAAUUUAUCCUUCUCGUGAAGAAUAUGAAGCAAUUCAAGAAAAAGUCAUGGCUAAAUUUAAUCAAACCCAAUCACAACAAGCUUUAGUCAAUUCGAUUAAAGAGGGUAUAAAAUUGCAAUCACAAAAUCGACCGACUCGAUAUCGCAAAGGUGAACAAAGCGAUCGCGAGCAUAGGGAACAUUCCUCCCAUCACAACAACAAUAAUAACACUUCAAAUAGUGGAAGUGUUCAGCAGCAAAAUGUUGUUGUUGUUGGAGGAGCAAGUGCAUCUUGCAAUAAUCGAGUUAAUAAUGACGAAGCUUCUGAUCAAAGGAAUGCUUCGAAUCCACCUUCGGUGCGAAGUACUCCGUCGCCAGUUCCAUCGAAUAGUAGUAGUAGCAAACCGAAGCGGGCAAUGUCAGUGCCAACUUCGGAAAGGUCUGAGGAAUCGGAGAGUGAUAGUCAGAUGGAUUGUAGAACGGAAGGGGAUUCGACUAUUGACACGGAAGGAGAAGGGUCAUCGGAGUUGGGAAUAAAUGAUGAGAUAGAAUUGGUUUUUAAACCGCAUCCGACUGAGAUGGCGGGAGAUAAUCAAUUGAUGAAGGCAUUGAAGGAGAAUUGUGUUAGGUAUAUUAAGACGACGGCUAAUGCUACUGUUGAUCAUUUAAGCAAAUAUUUAGCAACUCGAAUGACAUUGGAUCUGGGAUCAGAUUUGCCCGAAGCAUAUCGCAUGAUUAACUUUUGCAUUUACAUUGCCCCACAGCCACAACAGUUGGUUAUAUUGAAUGGCAAUCAGACGUUGCAUCAGGUCAAUGACAAGUUCUGGAAGGUAAGUCAAAAGGUCAACAAACCAAUGGAGAUGUAUUACUCAUGGAAGAAGUCCUAGGGACCAUUGAAUCGCUCUCAACAGAAAUGAGUGCAUUUUUGUCGUAUUUAUCCAUCAUAAUAUAAUUAUAAUAUUAUAAUAAAUAUUAAGAAUUAAGAAAAGAACAAAUUUGUAAACAGAAAUAAUUAUUAUAUCAAUUAAAAUUGGAUGUCAUUUUUCUUCUGCUUAUAAAUGUAAUCAAAAUGUGUUUUACAAAUAAACACAUCAUAUUAUACUAAUCUAAUAUAUAUAUUCGAUAACCUAUUAAAGUGAGACCACAAUUUAGGAACUCAA